CACGGGACGUGGGUUCGGCCGAGGGAGUCGCUGCCCGGGGCUGUCAACCAGGCGAGCCCCGAUGUUUUCCUUUUGUCUGGCAGCGUUGGCAUCAUCAGCGCAAACUGAAAUUCUGGAUGUGCGACUUCUGUGCUUGUAGUGGACGGAUUUAUUGUGUAUCUGCAUAAAAUUUAAACUUUUUGCAAGGCUUCACCCAGCCACAACGCCUGCUUUUAUUAAAUGACAGAGAUAUUCAUAUCAACUUUUAUUUUUGGCAUGCCAAGCUUUUCCUAGGGGUGUCUGUAAGUUCCCACCGAAAGGAGCUUUGCAUUUCCCUGGCCGCGGACCAUGUUCCUGUUAGCAGCGUUGCUUUAGCCAGGGAUUCAGCAGCAGUAUCACGAGUUUCUAUGUGCAAGGUUCAAAUAUCUGACUCAAAAGAUGCUGAAGCUAAGUGGGCUGUUUGAAUCUGUCCCUGUCUGUUUUUUGGUGUUUUUUUCCUUGUUUUGAUACUCUGGAGAUUUUUUUUUUUUUUUUUUUAAUUUGAGAUGUGAUUUAACUGCAAGAAAGUUCCCUGAGCUGAAAGCUUGGAUCAUUUUGGUCUUCUUAAUUUUUUAUCUCUAAUGGUGUCUUUUGAGUGUUUUUUAAAUGUAAAAACUACAUACCUGACUGAAUCAAACUUUGCUUGAUUUUCCAUUCUAUAACUGACAAGCCCACUUCCAAAUUAGUAACCAUUUUUUAGUAUACUCAAUUAUUUGAAGUAUUCACUUCUGCAGAUAGUAGCCUGUGUGUUUAACAUAAAUGAAUGGAAAUGAUACCUUGAAUUAUCAAGCCCCUUUCACCCUCCUCGUGGCCAGCAAGCCAUGAAUGUGUUCCUAUGGCAGUUUGCAGGCAGACGGGAGCAUUAAUUUUCUUUUUCCAAACAAGGUGUUUGUGGCCAGCCUUGAACUGGAAGAGGCUAGAGCUGAGGCUGGCGUGGGGCUGAAUUGGAGCAAGUAGGCUGUGGUUUGUUUUAUGAUGGAGACAGUUUUGAAGUCUCACUAUGAUGAACAGCACCCUCAUCAGGCUGAAGACUUCCAUGGGAAGCAUGAGCAGAACAGCAAGCUUUCAGCAGGAAUAAAAAAAGAUAUUGAAAAACUUUAUGAAGCAGUGCCACAGCUUGUUAAUGUGUUCAAAAUUAAGGAAAAAAUUGGAGAAGGUACUUUUAGUUCAGUUUACUUGGCCACAGCACAACUACAAACAGGAUAUGAGGAAAAAAUGGCUCUGAAGCACUUGAUUCCAACCAGUCACCCUCUGCGAAUUGCUGCUGAACUUCAGUGCCUCACAGUAGCAGGGGGACAAGAUAACGUUAUGGGAGUAAAAUACUGCUUUAGGAAAAAUGACCAUGUGGUUAUUGUUAUGCCAUAUCUGGAACAUGAAUCCUUCCUGGACAUUUUGAAUUCCCUUUCCUUUGAAGAAGUGAGGGAAUACAUGUUUAAUCUGUUUAAAGCAUUGAGGCGCAUUCAUCACUUCGGUAUUGUUCACCGUGACGUCAAGCCCAGUAACUUCCUCUACAACAGGCAGCUAAAAGAGUAUGCUUUGGUAGAUUUUGGCUUGGCACAAGGAACCCCUGAUACGAAAAUUGAACUUCUCAAAACUGCCUCCUCUGAAGACGAGCAGGGAAGUUGCUUGCAAAAUAAUCCCACCAUAGCCUUGGGAAAUGGGGUUUCUCUCAGUGUCACAGCACCUAAACAGAUAGCUCAACAGUCAGCCUCAAAAGCAGCUGAUAAAAGGUCCAGCUCUCUUUCAAAAAUACAGAUUAAACAAGGAAGAGGAGGAAAGGAGGAUUCCAUUCACCAUUCUGUCCAGCGCUCUGUCUUUGGAGAGAGGAAUUUCAAUGUCUAUAGUUCCACAUACCAGGAGAACUCAAGUACAAAACUCAUAAAACAAUCAAAGAUGAUAGAUGUUUCAUCUAGGAAGUUAGUAACAAAGAAGAAGAUUAUUUCUACCAAAACAGUGAGCAAUGGGGCAGCCAGGAAAGCUGUCAGUGGUUGUCCCUCAAACCUGACCUGUGACUGUUACGCAACGGAUAAAGUUUGCAGUGUUUGCCUUUCAAGGUGUCAGCAAGUUGCUCCCAGGGCAGGAACACCUGGAUUCAGAGCACCAGAAGUAUUAACAAAAUGCCCCACCCAGACCACAGCAAUUGACAUGUGGUCUGCAGGAAUUGUAUUCCUUUCUUUGCUCAGUGGACGGUAUCCAUUUUACAAAGCAAGUGAUGAUUUAACUGCUUUGGCACAAAUCAUGACAGUUCGUGGAUCCAGAGAAACCAUUCAGGCUGCUAAAACUUUUGGUAAAUCAGUUCUGUGUACCCAAGUUGUCCCAGCACAAAACUUAAGAACUCUCUGUGAGAAGUUGAGAGGAACAAAUAGCAGCUGUAAGAGAUCCCAGGGUGAAGUGCUCAGCAAGUCUCUAAAUGACUCAGCUUUGCCAGUUGCAGUAGACAAACAGUGUGCUCCUGAGACACUUGGAAAACAAACUCAGCACUUAAAGAGCUUUCAGGAAGGUGAUGGUGCUUUGGAAAUGAAGGCAACAGACAUGAAAGGAUGGGAUCAGGUUCCUGAUGAAGCAUAUGACCUACUUGAUAAGCUACUAGACUUAAACCCUGCAACAAGAAUAACUGCAAAAGAGGCUUUGCUGCAUCCUUUUUUUAAAGACAUGAGGCUCUGAGAAGAUACCAUAUUCUAUUAUUACUUUCAUAUAUUUCAUGUGGAAAUGAGAUACUGAGGUAGUUUUACCUUGUUGCCCUCAAGAUUUACACUCAUUGAAAUACCAUCACACUGUGCACAGAACUACUGAAAUUUUGUCUUGAACAGUUGGACUGCAAAUGUCAGUUUACUUUAAGAAAUACUUGCAGAUGUAAAAAUUACACAAACAUUACUAACAUGGUCUUAUCCUAAGAUACUUCUGAGGGGUUAUUGCUGUGCACACCUGUUCUCUGAGAAAGUUAACUCUGAUCAAAAACUACGAAGAGUUUCACAAGCUCUAUGCUUCAUUCUUGAGAUAUUCCCUUAAAAUUUACAAAUUUGCCUUAAGGUAGGAUUGAAAUAAAGUACUUGAGAGACUUUUUUCCAUACUUGCACAUCUCUGCUUUGAUCCUGAUUAGUACAUGGGGGCUGAAAAUGGAACAAAGUGUAUCAAUUUUGUUCAGACUAUUUUCAGAGAACACUUACUACUUCAGGAGUGUUGCUAGAGGAGGGACCAGGUGCUAGAGGUUAUAUCAUCAAAAGAAAAGCAUAACUGUUUUAAAAGUGUAUUUUUGUUCCUGUCUGGUCUUUCCUAUUUAGGCAAUAGUAAUAAAUGCAGUUACUCAUUUUGCAUACAGCUACUGCCUUCAGUAUGUCUUGUGUGACAUGCAUAGGUUUGGUUUCUGUUAUGGAAACUGAUUUUUUUAAAAGAAUAUCUGGUGAAUAAAGGAUUUGUUUUUAUAACUUCAAAA